AUGCCGCCCACUAGAAAGACUAAGAAGGAUGGAAGAAAGAGGACAUUCUCAUUGGUGUCCAGCAAUAAUGGUGCACCAGCUGGAUCCGUCGCAAGCUCGAAGACUGUCGACAGUUCACCUUCACAGGCCAACGGAUCUAGUCAAGCCCUAAAGCCGGCUGCUGUUCCUGAGAAUCCACCACAGAAACCCGCAGAGCCGGCCAAGAGCGUGCCUAAUGUCUUUGAAUUCCUGGAAGAGAAUGAAUCUUCGUCGGACUCAUCGUCCUCGUCUGAGUCCUCGUCCGAAUCCGAGGAGGAGCCAGAACCUCCACGCCCUGUAAGGACCAGCACGAAGAUCCAGUCUCCCAAACCACGUUCAAACACCGUCCCGCAUGGCGUUUUGGUAUCAGGAGGCAAUACCCCAAAGAAAGCUACGCAAUCCUCUCCACUAGGGUCCAAAAAUCCAGAACCGCAAAAGCCCCAGGCCACACCUGCUACAAGCAAUCAGUUGGUCUCCCGCAAGAAACAGCCUGCCAGAAAGCCAAGCCCAAUCUCAACCGGAGACAUGUCCCCUCCAGCAAAAGACCAUCUAGCACUGUCUCGCCCACAAACAUACUAUGAACCAUCCAGAGACGACGGUAUCCACAGACCACCGCUACCACCAUCUCCCCCAAGAAGCCCAGAGGAUAGUCUCCACCGCACCACACCAACCAAAAGAAGAGACUCGAGUGCCUCGCAGGUCUCAUCCGGAUAUGGGCUCCUAGCCUCGCAGCUGACAAAAUCCGCCUCCGAAGAAACCGGCGCCUUCCCACCCCUCUACCGCCGCUUCGAAACCGUCAACCACCGCGUCCUCCUCCACCUCCAAGACGAAAUCUCUCAGAUGGAAGAAGACCUACAUACUCUAGAUGAAUACGAGGAACUGCAUCGAAUCGGCACAGCCGAACAAGAAGGCACGAAGCCAUUACCAGCCUCACGCCGCCGCGAUGCCCAGGCCCAGGUCUACUCAUCUCUACAUUACCGCCGCAUGGAUUUAAUGAGUGCGUUGAUCCAGAAGACAGAGCAAUAUAACACCGCCCUCAUAGCCUACAGCAAAGUCCUAAAAACCCUUCCCCCCGCCUCAAACCACGACAUAACCAGCUACCGCACCUGGAUGAGAGAGAACAAGCCCAUAGCCGGCAUCGAAACCCGCUUCCUAAUCCACGACACCGACCUCGUCUCUCUAACACCCCGUCUCGCCCCUUCCACCACAACGGCUCCAGUCUACAUCGCCAUCAUCAUCGCCUCCUGUGCCCUCCUCCUGCCACUGCUGGCCUUCAGCAUGAUUUCCGAGUUCUCGGGCCGUCUCGUUGUCGUCACGGUUGUUGGUGGUGCUGCUUCGGCUAUUGCGGCGAAUUACUCGGCUGGUAUUGAUAGAUUGGUUGAUUCGAAAGAUGGGUGGAGAUGUGCUAUGAUAUAUUUUGGGUUCAUGACUUUGGCCGCUAUGUUCAUUCCUUAG